UGGUCUGUGCGCUCAAUCAAAUAUUCCGAUACUCUAGUCGCUAAUAAUUUGCUUUCGCGACUCGCUGGAAUAUGAACGGCUCCUCAAAACGCACAUCCUUGAUCGAACAGAACCGUGAUCGAUAUUUUUUUACUAUUCCACCAUUUUUAUUUCUCUGUAUACGCUGAAACAGUUUUAAGUAAUGAUGUGAAUUUUCUCUUUUGGAUACCCCUCUAACAUCGAUGAAAAAGUAUUUAUCGUGGCUGACAUACCUCGAGUCCCGCGCCGCAGUCAGGCGAUUGAACCCUCCAAUCAAAUCCUUCCGUCACUCGACCCAACGCUAACUCCCACCGUCUAGGGGUCGAGACCUUCUUCUUCCAUCGGAAACGCCGAUAACCUAAUCUCUAGCGACACUGCGGCGUCUACAACCGUAGCAAACCUGAAAGAAUAAUAUGGCAACUCCAUAAACACUGUAAAGUACAGAUAGAAUGCUGAGAUUCAGUGUAUUGUUGGGCCUGGUAUUCUUUGUGGUUGGAGCACACAGUGGUGGGAAGUUGAGAGUCACGCUAAAAAGACUUCAAAAUAAUGGAAACGAUUGGGAAGGGAGAUGUUGUGAUUCUUUCCUCUUCACAUGCAACGCAUGUGAUACGUUCUUCAAAAUCUGUCUCACUGCGACUUCAAACCCGACUAACGCCGGGGCGUGCAUCAAACAAGUGACGACUGAUGAAUUGGGCAAAAACUCAUUCACGACAAACGCGAGUGUCGAGGUGGCGUUCACAAGAGCAUCGGGUCCUUUUGGUGCAUUUAUAGAAUCCUAUGACGACGAUCCUGCUGGAAAUCCUGCUGAUCUAAUCGAUAAAUAUUCGACGACAUUUCCCGAUACACCCAGCAUUAACGGAACCGUUACGACGAGAUCCCAGACACUUCGGGGUCUCCGAAGUUCAGACAAGACAACGCUUGAUCUUACAUACGAGGUAUUCUGCGAGCGACACUACUAUGGAAGAGCUUGUGACGUAUACUGUAGCUACACUGACGAUAUUAACGGGCAUUAUUACUGCCUUAACGACGGGCAACAGGCGUGCCUCAACGAUUACUAUGGGACCCUUUGCAAGACGUAUUGUUAUCCACACAACGAUUCUACAGGGCAUUACACAUGCCAUCAAGACACCGGAAGUAGACUUUGCCACCCAGAUUGGUACGGGUCAUACUGUACGAUUUACUGCUCGCCGAAAAAUUCCACUUCCGCCGGAUAUUACACAUGCCUUAGUACCGGAAGCAAGCGUUGCAUUUCCGGUUGGUAUGGGCAAAACUGUACAACUUAUUGUGUUCCACAAAACGACGAGUUUGCAAAUUACACGUGCAGUGACGAGGGUAUUAAGAUAUGCGCUAAUGACUGGUAUAACGCCAACUGCAAUGUGUAUUGCAAGCCACAUAGAGAUGACUUCAUAGGACAUUUUGACUGCAAAAAUCAGACGGGGCAGAAGGUUUGUAUGCCAAACUGGUAUAACGACAACUGCAAUACUUAUUGCAUAUCACAGAAUAACUUAAACGGGAGUUACUAUUGCAACUCCUCAACUGGCGCUAAGGUGUGCCUCAAGGAUUGGUAUGGGCCCACUUGCACUACACACUGCAUUGCCGCUGACGACUCGACAGGACAUUAUGUUUGUGAUAAAAAGAAUGGAAGUAAAGUUUGUCUGCAGCAUUGGCAUGGUGCGGAGUGUAAGGUUUUCUGUUCACCAGCAAACAACUCCUUAUUAGGGCAUUACACGUGUUCGAGUAAUGGCAGCAAGAUAUGCUCACCAGGAUUUUACGGAGUUAACUGUACAAUACACUGCCUUCCCCAAAAUGGUUCAAAUGGUCAUUAUACUUGCGAUAGUGAUGGUACGAAGAUUUGUCAUCAAAAUUGGUACAGCCAACUCUGUCAAAGGUUUUGCCUGUCACAGAGUAGUAGUGUUACAGGUUUUUACAAAUGCAACAAUAAAACCGGCCUGAAAGAAUGCUUUAAUCACUGGUAUGGCCCAGACUGCACUACAAAUUGUACUCCCCGAAACGAUAGUUUCGGCCACUAUGAAUGCGAUUCCUCCACUGGUGCUGUGGUGUGCCACAGCGGCUGGUAUGGGCCCACUUGCACAGUGAAUUGUAUCCCAAGGAACGAUUCGGGAGGACACUAUACAUGCAAUGAAACAGACGGUGCUAAGAUUUGUGAUAAGCAUUGGUAUGGUACCCAUUGUAAUGUGUUUUGUCGUGAUAUGAAUGACUCUAGUGGGCAUUACUUUUGUAACCGAACAUCAGGGGCCAAGAUAUGUCGCAAUGACUGGUACGGCGUGAAUUGCACGGAAUAUUGCACACCGCGAAAUAAAGUCAGAGGGCAUUACUCAUGCGAUAUGGCAACCGGUGCCAAGAUCUGCGAUAGCAACUGGUAUGGAUUAAACUGCACACGCUUCUGCAAACCACAAGAUUCUUUGCUGGGUCAUUACAAUUGCAGCGUGAAUGGCUCUAAGGUGUGCCAUAGAGAAUGGUAUGGGGCCACAUGUGAUGUUCAUUGCGUCCCACGUAAUGACAGUUCUGGUCACUUUUCCUGUAACACAACUAGUGGAGAAAAGGUGUGCCUCAGAGACUGGUACGGGGACCGAUGUGAGAUAUUUUGUUUGUCACGAAAUGACAGCUUGGGUCAUUAUUCAUGUAACGCAAAUGGGACUAAGGUGUGCCAUAAGGAUUGGUAUGGGGACCUCUGUACCACAUUCUGUAAAAACAAGGAUUCGUCUGAACACUACACGUGCAAUGGUACAACAGGUGCUAGGAUUUGUUUUCCGAAUUGGUACGGAGUGAACUGUACGAGGUUUUGCAAACCUGAUAAUGAAUCAACGUUUUUCUGCGAUAAGUCUACAGGAACACGUGUUUGUAAUGCUGGGUGGUACGGAAUAAACUGUACGACUCAAUGUGUUGGGAGAAAUGACUCCUUUGGUCACUACACUUGCCAAAAGAUCUCUGGCGCUAAGAUUUGUCACGAAAACUGGUAUGGUCAAGCGUGCACGACAUUUUGCGAAGCGCGAAAUGAUUCCACAGGUCAUUAUUCUUGCAACUUGACCAACGGACAAAAGGUGUGCCAUAGAGAUUGGUAUGGCCCGUUUUGUGAUGUUAACUGCAACUCAAACAGCUCUCAUUUUACGUGUAACAAGACUACUGGAGCUAGGGUGUGCCACAGUAACUGGUAUGGGACCUAUUGUGACGUUUACUGCAACUCAAACAGCUCUAGCCAUUUUGCGUGCAAUAAGACAACUGGUGCAAGGGUGUGCCAUAGAGAUUGGUAUGGAUCCCUUUGCAACGUGUCUUGUAUACCUCAGAAUGAAACUUUCGAAUGCGACGGGAGCGGUGUCAUAGUUUGCCUCAAGAACUGGUUCGGGCCGAGAUGCGAUGUCUUCUGUGAAAGCGACAACUCUCGUUAUGUCUGCGCACCAGGAAAUGGAUCGAAGAUGUGUCUGCCUGGUUGGACCGGCGCAAACUGCUUAAAUCCCGUCAUUCCACCAUCAACAAUCAUGCUGCCAUCACCAUCUCCAUCUUCUAGGGGCACCAACAAUAGCUUCGCUCUGCUCAAUAGAACCGAGGCCGCUCUAGCUUUGAGCACAAGUAUCUUAGCGACAGCAAAUAAGCUGCACACUGUCAACAGGUCCGUAUGGAAUUCUACAUCUCAGGUAAUGACUAGCUCUGCCGCAGUUUUGUCGACCCUUAAAGACGUCGCUCGGCCCACAAGCGUUUCAUCCUCGUCGCCUUCCGUGACGCUAAACAUGACGAAUGUGGCAGAGAAAAACACUGCAGACUUGAAAAGCGACAACACGUGGAGAUUUGCGGUCUUGGGCGUUGUCUUGGUGAUCUUGGUAGCGCUCGUUAUUUGUGUCGCCAUAUACUUCGUCAAAUUCAGACGCUGCAGCAAGAUCAACAAAGUAGGACUGAUAGUGAACGAGGAGGAGGAACACAAGAAGACCCGAGAGACGACUUACGAGGUCCCUCUCAUUGACUUACAGCACCGAGACAGCCGUCAAUACUCCACGAACGAGCUCGUGCCGCCAGACACGCCCGAGUCCUUCCACAUCCGGGACCCGCAGGAGUGGCUGUUGCCAUGGCACCAGAAAAGGGCCUCGCUCUCAUGCGAUGCUUCAGGAAAUUUGAAGAAAGUGCGUGCUGUCCGAGCGUGCUGAGUUUAUAAACACGUACGCGUUGGAUAUAUUAUAACUUAUAAUUACACGCAAAGGUUUCCCUGUUAACUUAUUCAGGGGGAUUUAUCGUAAUACAGUGGAACCUGGAUUUUACAAUACUGGAUUUUACGAUAAGCUCGAUCGAUUACGAUUAUGGAUUUUCCUUGAUAUCAUCGAGGACCUCUUUGCAACUAUACCUCGAUUUAACGAUACAUUUUCUUUCUCCCAAGGCAUAUCGUAAAAUCCAGGUUCCACUGUAACGAAGUGUCUGGUUACUGGGUUCUGUUGUACUGGAGACGUAGCCUGAGUAUCAAGGCCCUCAGGGGAGGGGGGUGGGGACUGGGGACUUCUCUCUCCCCCCCUCCCCUAAAAAAAGCCUGAUACUCAGGCUACUGGAGACGUCACAGGAUUCAAAAUCACUUAAAAAUGCAUUUAUUGUAUUAUAAAAUAGGUUAUUCAUUAAAAUGUUAUCUAAGUCUUAAACGUUAUACUAUACAUGUUGUAAAUAAGAUGCUUACUAUCAUCAGUGAUAUACAUUGGGUCUUGGACAUCUAAUUGGAUAUUAAAAUAUAUGAAAAUAUA